AUGGCGAUACUUGGACUGGCUGAAUCCGACUCUUCUAUAUAUCCAGUUCAUUUUGACAUUGAAAAAGUAAUCCGGCCAAAUAUUCUUGCCUUACACCCAUAUAGAUGCGCCCGAGACGACUACCAAUCUGGCAUACUACUUGACGCCAAUGAAAAUGCUCUGGGGCACUCUAUACCCCUUAAAGCUACAUUCAAUCAGGACCCUGCUACUUCUAGUCAUCUCUCUUUAGAUCUCCAUCGUUAUCCCGACCCUGCUCAGAAGGAAAUCAAAUCUAGGAUUGCUGGGCUCCGAAACAUUAAAGGCACAGAUAACGUCUUCUUGGGUGUGGGCUCUGACGAAGUUAUCGACUUGCUUAUGCGCGUCUGUUGUCGCCCGGAGCACGACAAGAUUCUCAUUACACCGCCAACCUAUGGCAUGUAUGGUGUGACCGCUCAAGUUAAUGAUGUUAGUAUAGUUAAGGUCCCUCUGCUGGUCGAGAAGGGCGAAUUUCAACUAGACAUGGAUGGGAUUAAAAAAGCCGUAGCAUCAGACCCCAGUAUCAAGCUUGUAUUUGUUUGCUCCCCAGGGAAUCCGACAGGCACCCUUAUCCCCCUCAGCGACAUAAAGGCCCUUCUGGAGGAUACGAACUUCAAGGGAAUAGUAAUUGUCGAUGAAGCAUAUAUUGACUUUGCAAAGCCAGAAGACAGUGCGGUAUCGUUGGUUUCGGAAUACGCCAAUGUUUGCGUUAUGCAAACUCUCAGCAAAAGUUUUGGGCUGGCCGCUAUUCGGUUGGGCGUUGCGAUAGCUCAGCCCCCGUUGGUUCAAAUUCUUACCAAUACAAAGGCGCCUUAUAACAUCUCUACUCCCUCUGCGAGUCUAGCUCUCGCUGCUCUAUCACCGGACGGCAUUGCGAUCAUGACCGAAAAGAUCCAUGUGCUUAAUUCAAACCGUGACCGACUAAUCAAGGGGUUGGAAAAACUCUCUCCUCUUGGGGUGGGAUCUGUCAUUGGCGGAAAUCACGCAAACUUCGUCAUUGUUCCCAUCUUGUCUCGGGGCUCGACAGAGCCGGACAAUGUGAGAAGUAAUGGUGUAUACAAGCGUCUGGCCGAAGAUUUGGGUGUAGUCGUCAGAUUCAGGGGAAAUGAAUAUGGGUGUAAAGGGUGCUUGCGUAUUACGGUGGGGAGUGACGAGGAGGUUACUGCUGUGCUUGAGCGUCUGGAACAAGUGUUGAAGGAUAUGUAG